ACUCAAGAGAGCCAAAUCGCCACCCGAAUCCGUACCGCCCUCGCUCUCCGCUCCCACCAGCUAAUGUCUGGGGCGCAAUUUCGCGGCGUUAUUAGAGCAUCAGGGGUGGCGCGAGACCAUAGAUAGCGGUGAAAGCCUGUGAAACAAACUGCACCUCGCUCAAGACAAAGAUUUAAAAAAAAUAAACCUCAUUAAAUGAAUUAUACACAACAACAAUGAAUGCUUCGUCGAUAAGACAUGACAGGUUAUAACCAAGACCAAAACAGAACUCCAAAAUGAAUCUAUGGAUUCGUUAAGAAGUGGUGGGCUGUCAUUGCGUCUCGUGGAUUGCGUAAAGUUGGCUUCUUUUUGGCUGGGAGAGCGAAGGACCACUCCGGUUGCAAAACUCAUACCUCUUUGAGUAGGGAUGGAUUAAUUGCGGUCUUUUUUUUUAGAGGAUCAACUGAUCUUCACCGUGAGAAAACAAUCUCAGCUGCGGCUUGCACGCGCUUUGGGAGUUCCUCAUUCUCCUGCUCAAGAUGACAUCGAACUGCAUGUUAAGGUCUCUGCUGAUGAUCAUUCUAGCGCUGUUCUCCGCGAAUGCGAGCAACUGGCUGUACCUGGCCAAGCUGUCGUCGGUGGGCAGCAUCUCGGAGGAGGAGACGUGCGAGCGGCUGAAGGGGCUGAUCCAGCGGCAGGUGCAGGUGUGCCGGCGCAGCGUGGAGGUGAUGGACUCCGUGCGGCGCGGUGCCCAGCUCGCCCUGGACGAGUGCCAGCACCAGUUCCGCCACCGCCGCUGGAACUGCUCCACGCGGGACACGCUGCCCGUGUUCGGCAGGGUGGCCACGCAGGGUACGAGGGAGGCUGCUUUCGUGUACGCCAUCUCGGCGGCGAGCAUCGCCUACGCGGUGACCCGCGCCUGCAGCAGCGGAGAGCUGGAGAAGUGUGGGUGCGACCGCAGCAUACAGGGGGUUAGUCCUGAGGGGUUCCAGUGGUCGGGCUGCUCGGACAACAUCGCGUACGGCGUGGCGUUCUCCGCCUCCUUCGUGGACGUGCGGGAGAGGAGCAAGCGCUCCUCCGCCGGCAGGGCGCUGAUGAACCUCCACAACAAUGAGGCCGGGAGGAAAGCUAUCCUGCGCCACAUGCGCGUGGAGUGCAAGUGCCACGGCGUUUCGGGGUCCUGCGAGGUGCGCACCUGCUGGCGGGCCACGCCCUCCUUCCGCAGGGUGGGCGGGGUCCUGAAGGAGAAGUUCGACGGGGCCACGGAGGUGGAGCUCCGCGCGGUGGGCUCCGGCAGGGCCCUGGUGCCCAGAAACCCCCAGUUCAAGCCGCACACGGACGAGGACCUGGUGUACCUGGACCCCAGCCUGGACUUCUGCGAGCGGGACGCCCCGAGCGGGGUGCUGGGCACGGCGGGGCGGCGCUGCAACCGGACGUCCAAGGCCAUCGACGGCUGCGAGCUCAUGUGCUGUGGGCGGGGCUUCCGCAGCCAGGAGGCGGAGCUUGUGGAGCGGUGCGGCUGCAAGUUCCACUGGUGCUGCCACGUCAGGUGCAAGCAGUGCCGCAGGACGGUGGAGCUGCACACCUGCCGGUGACCCCGCCCUGCCACGCCCCCCCCCCCCCCCGCUGAUGACCCGCCCUGCCAUGCCCCACCCCCUUGCUGAUGACCCGCCCUGCCACACCCCACCCCCCUGCCAGUGACCCACCCUGCCCCCCCCCCCCCCAGUGAACCGCCCUGCCCUGCCCCCCCCCACCUUGCCAGUGACCUGCCCUGCACACCCCCACCCCACCCCCUUGUGCCGAGGACAUGAAAAAAUAAACACUGACAGAAGGACAAAAAAGAGGUCCCAUCCAUCUUAGAUGACGACCACUAUAAAGACAUUAAUGACAUUAUAAAAUAAAAUAUAUAUUUUCUAACGUGA